UCGUAUUUAGUUUUGGAAAGUAAAUUUGACUAAACACUUGAACAUGUUUCACGAGUUAACAAGAGGGAAUGAAACAAGAGGGUGUCCAGGUUUCGUGGAAGUCUAGCCUAUAUUUUAUUCAGAAUUCUAGAGAAUAAGCAAGAAAAAUUUCGAGUAAAUUAAUAUAAAAAAAAAAACAACUAAAAACAGAGAGAGACAAAUAUUCUGUCACUUAUAUAUAAAACUGUUGAGGAACCGUCGAGUCCAGGGGUGACGAACCUUUUUAAGUCUGCGUGCCAUAUAAUGGAUUUCAUCAAAGAACAUAAAUAUGGUGGUGGUAUGAUUUGGGCUAUAGACAUGGAUGAUUUUCAAGCUGUAUGUGGUGAAAAAAAUGCGCUUCUCAAAGUUAUGAAUGAACGCCUCAGAGGAUAUCAAGUGCCAACACCUUCAACUACUACAACCACUCCUCCUUCAACAACUGUAACAUCAGGAGCAUCACAGGAAGUCUUUAAAACUACUAAGGAAGUUUCUAUUGCUACUGACAGCAAAUUAAAAACAGAAUCAACAGAACCAAGUAAUUCAACACCAUUCACACAAUCAACUUUUGCUCAACCAUCUACAGCAUCACCCGGUACAGUAAACUGUGAAAAUGAAUCAAAUACAUAUUUUCGUCAUGAGGAAGACUGUUCUAAAUAUUAUCGUUGCAACCACGGAGAAGCAUAUAUACUGAGUUGUCAAGGGGGAACUUAUUGGAAUCAAGAUAAAUUAAAUUGUGAUUGGCCAGAGAACGUUCCCGAAUGUAAAGCUGGGGAAAGACGUAACAUUCCAAUAUUUUCGUAAUGAUUUGUUUCUCUUCAGAAAUGAUAAUCUAAGUUUUUAAAUUUGGUUAUGUAAAAUCAUUAUAUCUGAGAAAUUUGUAAACAAAUCUGUCAUUAAAAUUGAAAUUAAAAA